UCUACAGGGACACAGGAGAAAAUCAAGGGACUUUCUCACAGAUCGCCGCCGUGCAAAAUACUUCAAAAUGAAGUCUAUCGUGCUGACCACUCUUUCUGUGUUCUUGGGACUCUUCUUCAUAUUCGUCGGCUCCAUGAAAGUGACGCCGAACAUCAACCGCGAGAUGCACCGUGAGAUCAGGCGCAACUUUGUGCAGUACUCCAAAGUGUUUCCCUUCAGCAAGCUGCUUAACUUCAAGAUGAACCCCAAGAUUUACCGGCUCUUCAUUGGCUGGUCUGAGGUGGUCUGUGGGACUAUCCUAGUUCUUGUACCAGGUCGGAUCAAGCAGCUGGCCAACUUGGUCCUCCUCGUGCUGGUGCUGGGCGCCGUCUACACGCAUGCUGCACUGCGGGACAAGUUUGAGCGCAUGGCACCCUCCAUCGUGUUCAGCCUGAUGCUGGGCUGUCGCCUGGUCGUCUUCUACCAGGUGCAGGGCCGCGAGCGCAAGAAGCAGGCCCUUCACGCCACAAGCUCCUCCGCAGUGGCAGCGGCAGUGGCCGCCCAGCAGUCUCAGGAGGCGGCUGCGAGACCCAAGGUCGACUGAGUCUACCCCCUGGCCCAGUUGUUUGGUAGUUUUGUUUGGUGUUGGGCACGCAUUCUCGGGCAUGAUCAGGAGUGAUUACUUUUUAUGCAGUACUAGGGUCACAGAUUGAAACACGGCAAGUUAGGGCUAGGUAAUGCACGUAAUUCAGUACGUGCUGCUUUCAGUUGACAGCAUAUAGGAGUAAUUUCGGUUUGAAGACAUACAUCAGAAAAACCAUUACCCUUGGCAUCCAGAUCCAGUCCCAUGACGACGUUGCCGAGCUGUUGUGCAUACAAAUAAAAUUCACGAAAGAUGGCAUACGGACUCGUUCAUAGCACAUUUUCAGUAGGUUUGUUUGCAGGACACAUAUACGAUAGCUCAAAAUGAAAGCACAUAUAGCUUCCUGUGUGUCUACAUGCGACUUCAUUUUGUCCUGUCGUGUACGUGCGCUACCACAAACCUACUGAAGAUGUGCAUGCAAGUUGUAUUACUAAAAGGUUUGAUGUCGUGUCUCAAUCUGUGAACACUUUACAUUCAAGCCUUGUUAUAACUAAAGUUGCACCUGAAAUGAGAAUACAGUCGUACGUAGUUGCUGCAAUCAGUGCUGGGCAUUCAAAAUACUCCAUUAUAAAAGUCACAUCGUUAGUACAUUGUUCCUGCCCCGCUGCAGUCAGAAUGCAGCCAGUACGGGAGGAGUUCUUUGUUAUACAAUGCAUUUCGUUGUGGUGACUUUCAUGGUUGAGCAUUCAACUGUAUCUUCAUUGUAUUCGACAUUCAUUGUCAGUGUACAUGCUGAUAUCAGCAAAACCAAUCUUUAAGAUUUAUGACUUCAUCAUGUUGUAUAUUGGCAUCUGCACACUAUAAGUGUUACCAAUACAUAGGCAGCCAAUAUCAUCUUCUGUAGCAGCGUAACUGUGGCAUGUUUUUUUUUUUUGUUUGCCGCAUCUUACUCUAUCAAGCAAAUCUUCAUUGUUUUAACAUCGAAGAGUUGAAUGAAGGGCUUAGACAACUGGCUGUGUAUGUAUUACCACGCCUUCUUGUUAACUGUUACGAACUGAUUCUAGAAAUGGUGAACUUCAAUCACGUCUUUCCGAGGAACACUUACUGCUCGUAAAGUGUUUUUAAUGUAAAAUUUGGGCAAUCGAAUUGCCGCUUAAAGAUCGUGCAUGACUGCUUUGAGAACAGGGAUGAAACAGAGUUAAAUUGAGAUAUUCUUCAGAUGUAGAAGUUGUAAAGAACAGUUAUAGCAUGUCCAAGGAAUCGAGAUGCAUUUAUUUAUUUAAGCGGUCAACAGAGAAACAGGCUGAUGCUGAUAGAAAUCAAUACUAUAGUGUGUAGAUAGCUUAGGGCACCAGAAUAUUUAUUGUAAUCUCUUGCUUUAUGGCAGCUGAAGCCUGAUGAUGAACCAGCUUCACAUUUUAAUUGUUUUCUCUUCGGUUCUUGCUUGCAUUGACAGCCAAUUUGCGAUUAGUGCUCCAUAUUUACUUUUCGUGGCUUUAAUCUUGUAACAAGCUUAAGCAAAUGCAGAGUUUUGAUCUAGUCUUCUAAUGGCAAACAAAUAGCCUUUUAUUUAUGAAUGCAAUUGAUAUAUUG